AUUUGGUUACCAGCCCUACAGAAAAAGUAGUUACCUACAUCCAGGUCCGAAAAUGUUAAUUACUGUAAUUAACUGUAAUUAUCAGCUCGUUUCUGAUUGGUUAAUUUUUAUGAAUUUCGAUCCUCUGCAAUUAUAUAAAUACAUGCGCAACAUCAUUUUACUUUGCCCGAUGAUGGGAGAAGGAUCUCCCGAAACGUUGCCUACUAAACUAUCAUGUUCAAGAAAUGAUAAAAUUUCCACAGUAAUUCCAAGUCUAGUAAAGCACAAUUCAAAGACUCAGACACGACUUGCUCCAUAAAGCAUUGUUACACACCCUUUGCAAAAAACUGCACAUGUACUUCAUUCUGUGCUUUGCUUCCUUUAUUCUUUUCAGGACAGUCAUUCAUGAAAUGCAUUAUAGAUUUGCAAUGGUGACAUUGCAAUGGAUGUCCAUCACGGCCAUUAGGAUUGUACUGGCUUCUUUUAGCACUGAAAUAUUUACCUCCUCUGCCACGUCCAUAAGUGUUCCAAUUGUUAAAACGUCAUCUGUCAAACUUUUGACCAUAUAAUACUUCUUGCUCAACAUCAAUAUCAAUACUGUCUGUGCUGAUUUCACUUUGAGCAAAUUGAUCAUAAAUGGCUUUUAUCUGUUUUUUCAUAGAGUCAUGUUAGGGAAGGAACAGGUGUUAGUUUACAUGUAGCUUUCGGUAAAUUUGCAUUUUUUAGUUGUUGAUAUGCAAGAACUGCAAUUGGUAACUAAAUUUUCAAACUUUUUUUGAUUAAGCUGUUCAAAUUAAUUUACGUAACCACCAAUCGACAUUGUCGUGGAACAGUGAAAGGUCUCAAAUUUUUUGUAAGCAUUGAACAUUGCUUGAUCUUCAGUAAUAUUAUAAAGUUCUUUUAAUUUAUUAACAAGUUUAUUUAAACCAUCGUCUUCAUUCAAUUCUUCUUUCAUUAAGGCAGAACAUGCCUGACGAACUUUCAAGUUUAAACUCAAAUAAACAACUGGCCCUUGUUUCUUCUUUGGAAGUUCUGUAACUACUUAACAUAAUUCCAGAUCAUGUACCCAUGCAUCAAAAUCCCCAUCUUCAGAAAAUUGGGGCAAUCCAUACAUAACAUAAUUGUUAUAUCCGGAACUUGCCUUGAUUAUCUUGCGGGUCUCGAUUAGUAUAUAUAUAGUAUUUCUUUACGGAAUAUAUUCAGUUGAGCUGUGGCUCGAGACAAGUACACACGUCUCAAUCUCUGUAGGCAACAUAUUAUUGGCGAGGAAGAUGGGAUUAACAUGACUGCUACUUUUGGAAAAAUCAACGAGUUUGAAAACACGAACGAAACAUGGGAGGAUUAUGUAGAAAGACUUGAACAGUUUUGCAUAGCAAACGAUAUUAUGGGUGAAUAAAAGAGAAGAGCGAUUAAGUUGACUGGUUGUGGAGCAAAAACUUACAAACUUUUUAAAGGAUUGGUGACACCACAGAAGCCGAGAGACGUAAGCUACAAUACACUUGUGGAGACGAUGAAGCAGCAACAAAACCCAACACCCAACCAGAUUGCUGAGCGUUUUCGAUUCAAUGCUCUUGACAGACGCGACACUGAAAGCAUCUCAAGCUACAUUGCUGAACUCAGACGACUAACACAAUAUUGUUAUUAUGGAACGACACUGGACGAUAUGAUACGAGAUCGUUUGGUAUGUGGAAUACGAAACACCAAGAUUCGACAAAAAUUACUCAGUGAAAGUGCGAAGUUAAUGUUGACGAAAGCGACCAAGAUUGCCAUACCCAUGGAAACAGCAUGGAAACAAGAGAUCCAAACUCAUCUGGAGAACAGGGCAAGCGAGACCGUCAACAAAUUCGAGAAGCAUCGUGGAAAGUCCGAGUGAAACAAGUGUUUUCGCUGUGGUGGACGCCAUCUUCAUUUAAUAUGCCCGUUUAAAGAUAAAGAAUGUUUUUUUUUUAACAACAAGGGACAUACAGUGAGGAAAUGCAGGAAAAAGCAGUGUCAAAGCGGUGGAGAACAACGACAUAUCGAGCAGAACCAUCUUCUUGAUCAAAAUGAGAACGUCAAAGAGCCCGAAUAAGAAAUAAAAUCCAUACACAAGGUAUCUUCUGCUAUUAAGCCGUUCAUCGAAAAAGUGUUUAUUAACGGAGUCGCUACGAUUAUGGAAAUCAACACAGUUGGGGGUGAGAAAGUUUUCAAUUUAAUUAAUCAAGAUCGUUCUGUCACAUUAAAAGUUAGCAAAGUUAAAUUGAAGACAUACACUGGGGAAUGCGUUAAUACUCUUGGUUAAGCUGAUGUUAAGGUAUUUUACAAGGGACAAUUCUAUGUAAUGAUUUUGUUAGUGGUUCCGGGGGAUGGCCCGAGCUUAAUGGAGCUAAACUGGCUCUCCAGGGUAAGAUUAGACUGGCCGGAACUUUUCAAUGUCAACUGUUAUUGUAAAAACAAAAGUGAACUCGAUAAAAUCUUGGAUCAUUAUAAAGAUGUUUUCAGUUCUGGAUUAGGAAAGCUCAAGGACAUUAAGAUUGAGCUCAAGGAAAGUGCGUCACCUUGAUGCUGCAAAGCCUUAAGAACAAAGAUUGAAAGCGAGCUUGACAGGCUCAUUUAUCUAAGGGAAUUUUGAAACUAGUCGAAUUUUACGAGUGGGCAACACCAUAGUUCCAGUUCUCAAGGACGAUGGAAGCGUCCGUUUGUGUGGUGACUACAAGCAAACCAUUAAUAAGGAGGGGAAAUGUGACAACUACCCGAUCCCAAAGACCAACCUUAUCUGGAUAGCGUAUCAUUAGUGCUUUAGCUGUUGACAUGCCCAUCGAUCUUGUUACAAUGGCUCCUCUGUUUAAAGCUGCUUUGAUGUAUUGUUGAACCAUUUGAUCGAUUUCUCCUUGGAGAAGUAGAAGCCCUCUUUUCUCUGCAACUAGUUCUCUGCUUGACUCGGCAUUCUCACUGAUUUUCUGACUUUUCAGUUGACCUUGUGGAUAGUUCUCUCAUUUAUCCUUGGAAAGUUGGAUUUAUAUUUUCGGACAGCCGCUGCAUUCCUAUUCUCAGAGGCAUAUUAUCCAAUGGUGUAGCGUUCUUUGUUGCUGUAUCUUAUAUACGCCCCUCGUUUGCUGUCAUUAUCAUUCUCUACUCGAGAUUGAUACUGUCAAGGUCGAUAUGUCCAAGUCUUGUUGAAUCUAAGAUAUAAAAGUUAUAAGACUACUCUCUGGUCUCUAAUAAUCGUCCCCACUCGCUUGUUAAUUUUUUGAUUUUUUCCACCCAGGACAUCCUUAUUCCAACCCCCCCCCCCCUGAUUAUUAAUUUCGGUGACAUUUUUCAAACAGGACAUUGUAAAACUCAUAAAUAGAAGUGUAUUUGAAAAUCGAAAACUGGUGUUAGAAAAUUCUUAUUGUGAAAUGAAAAUACUUACCAGUGUCAGACAUGUAAAAAAGAAAUAUCUCAGAUACGCAACUAAGAAUUAACGCACUCCUUCUUUGUGAUUUUCAGAAAUUUCCCUGUCUUUGUUUCUCUUUUCAAAAUCAUCCAUGAAGGAGAGCAAGUCGUAAUGUUCCUAAUGUUCGAUUUCAUAAAAAAACGUCUAGACAAAUCAUAAUAAAAAAGGAAAAGUCAAAAGACAAAAAGGUUGUGUACACGCGAAUUAUUAUAAUGUAUUUUGAAUUUGAGUGUGCAGUCAGGGGUACCAUUACUAUCAACGGUUUUAGACCCCUUCAGAAAAUGAAAAAUUAAAAUGCUUCCACGAACGAGGCAACCCAUUUGACGUUUUCACCAUAAAGACUUGUUCGAUUGGGAACUCUACACCAGUUGGACAUCUAGCUCUGAAGUCAGCAGAUUAACAAGGUUUAUUCUUGACAGGGGUGCAGAAGUAGAAGCCAUACUGACUCGAUUUGUUAUAGACAAUCAGCUAUAUCACAAGCAGGGCUUAAAAUACCCUUUAUGAUUAAAGUGUCAAUGCCUGGAACAUAAUUAAAUAACAUUAUUAAAAACUACUUGCGAGGUACGAAGAAAUGACUAAAGUUCUAUAUAUACAGCAAACCAGAAGAAAGUUUAUAUUUGGGCUCCUUUGUGUUUGAUGAUAUUGAUGUUAAGCCAAGCAAUAUUCAACCAAAAUCGAAAAAGAAAAAGAAAGAAAAAAACAAACAAACAGCUUUGCGUGACGUAAGAACAAUGUUUGGGCAAGUAACGAAAAAAAAGAUAAGAUAAGAUUUUCUACUUUAACUACAUUUAUAAGAAUCUAGUUUAAAACAAAAUAAAAAAAUAAUCGUGAAUAACAUCAAUAUACUAAAUAAAGCUAAUUGCAAAAUGGCAUGCUCAGUUGAGGUAUUUUUUUGAAAUCCAAAUUGUCUAGAAAAAAGAAGAUUAUGUUUAUUGAGAUGAGAAUAAAUUCUAUUAUAUAUAAUGAAAUCAACAAAACUGGAAAAGACUAUCACAAUAUUAGACUAAAUUUAUUUUUAUGUUUUAUGACGUUAUUUAGGUGAUAUUUUUAUAAAAGAGAAUGUUUUUUUACAUUAGUCACAAUUUUUCCAUUUCUUUUAACAGUCGACCCUUGUUAUCUCAGGAGGAACCUGCAAAAUACAACACAUACAAAUAUUAGACGCAAAAAAAAUUGAAAAUAUAAUUUUUAAGAUUUCUUCAAAUUUUGAAAAAUUUCAUUUCGCGAAUCAUCGCAAAAUGAAAGCUUUAGCCCCAAGCUACGUCUGGUGGUCUGGAAUCGAAAAGGAUAUUGAAACGGAAGUACGUCAAUGUGAAUCUUGUGCUGUUAAUCAAAGACAACCAAACCAUGCACUGAUCCAUUUGUGGGAAAUUCCGACUAAUCCUUGGAAGAGAAUUUAUCUUGACUUCGCAGGACCUUCUAUGGGAAAGAUAUUCCUAUUAAUUGUGGACGCAUAUUCAAAAUGGCCAGACGUUGUUUCAAUGUCUAGCCAUUCUAUUCAAUCUACAACAACCAUUGAAACGUUGCGUCACGUGUUUGCUACCCAUGGAUUACCAAAAAUUUGUGUUUCAGAUAAUGGUCCGGCAUUUAUUAGUAGAGAAUUCAAGGAAUUUCUUCGAAUGAAUGGGAUCAGACAGGUUUUAUCAGCACUAUAUCAUCCCACAACAAAUGCAUUGGCAGAGCGAACUGUUUAAACCUUCAAGUCGCACAUGCUAAAGUCUCCUUCAACAGAUUUUAACGUGAAAUUGAAUCGAUUUUUCUUCACAUACCGAAUAACUCCUCCACUACAACUGGUAGGAGUCCUGCCAAUCUUGUCUUGAUUUACUGAGACCAAAACUUCGUAAUCGCCUAAACGUGAAGACCGAUUGUGAGUCAUUAUCUGAGAGAAUCUUUCAAUGUGGGGAUCGAGUCCAUGUUCGCAAUUUUGCAUCAGGGCAGAAGUGGUUACUCGCCGUUGUGACAAAGGUUACCGGACCCCUUUCGUAUGAGGUGAAGACUGAGAAUCGCGACAUAAAAUGCCACAUCGAUCACUUGGUAAGGGGAGAGCUACGACAAAACAAGCCACCAGAAAUUGACGGAAUUUAUCAAGAUGAUCAAUUUUCCAUUCUCGCCGAAGUAUCCGCUGUUACACCGAUGGUCACACCAACCCCUGAACCAAUAACCAUGCCGGUUGGAGAUCAAGCAACACCCAGUGAAACGAUUAUUAAUAAGCCAGUCAUGGACUCGCCUAGUGAGAUUCCAGUAGUAACUUCAGAAGGGAAGGGUUCUUCUGGACCACCAACGGAAUUGCCCUUAAAACAAAGACUGUUUAGAGCUGUGAAGCCUCCAGCAUAUUUGAAGGAUUUUGUGAACCAUUUGAAAGGUGUUGCGAAUUGACAAUGUUGACUUGCAGGGAAAGGGUUAUUAUAUCCAGGACUUGCCUCGAUUAUCUUGGGGGUCUCGAUUAGUAUAUAUAUAUAGUAUUUCUUUACAGAAUAAAUUUAGCUGGGCUGUGGCUUGAGACCAGUACACACGUCUCAAUCUCUGCGUAUGCAACAUAUCAAUAAUGACACAUGAGACAGAUGAGAUGCUCUGAGGGUCAGGCGCAUCGACAUGUCCUGAGCCUCAGGCACUUGGUAAUUAUGGUGUUUUCCUUCAUACUCUUAGUGUCAGAUGUAUGAGAGAAUUGAGAUGCCCUGAGCAUCAGGUGCAUCGACAUGUCCUGAGCGUCUGUUUCCAAGUACGCAACUGGAACAGCAAGUAUGGUAAACACAAUUACUUGUAUUAACACAUUACUUGUCUAAAUGACUGACGAAGGAGGUCCAACAUACCCACUAAUUAAAUUUGUUUUGCUGUGUUGUGCUGCGCGCUCCCAUAACAGCUUUGAUGCAGUUGUCUUUAGUUGCAUUGGAGACGUCCAUAAUAUUUGACAAUGCCUGCAUUCCAUUGCACCAUGGUGAUAAAUUGAGUUGGUAUCUCAUAUCUACCAUUCAUAGAUGUGUUGAUGACAAAAAAAGGGUGGGGGGUGGGUAACUGUAAGCUUAAGGCACAUCUGAAGAACUAAUGAAGUGCUGGCCAUCCAGCAAAAUUGAACCUCCUCUUGCAAAAAUGUACCUUGGCUGACAAAAUUAUAUCACUCUAGUUCUAUUGAUCCACCCCAUCUAUGAUACAUGGACGGGUAGGAUGUAACUUAAUUUCUAAGAUGUUGCCAAGUGAAGUUUAACCUUCAAAAGAAUCUUCUGUACAUUGUUUUUCAGACCAUCUGUAAUAUUAUGUUGUUUAUUUUUACGCCAACAUUUUAAGAUAAUAAUUAUAGUGGAGUGUAUUUUAUCUAGUCUUUACUUCAUUAAUAUAACCUUGGGUGGAGGUGGAAGGAGGGGGUGGGAGGUUGGACAAUUGUAGCUACAUCUUCAAAAGAUGAAGGCACAUCACUGACACAUUAUGAAGAAGGCACAUUACAGUCUGUACUUAAACAUGCCUAUGGACCCAACCAAAAUUACAAACAAAUAUUCUGUUGUUUUCUUUAUACAAAAAGAUUCCCAUUGUUGGUAAUCAUGCAUAAUUAACAACUAAUAUAUU